UUCAGGGAGUCGGGGAACCCUUUUGUGGAGCAAGCAGUGCAGUACUCUGUGGCAGCUGCAUAUGCUACAUCUGACAAGGACAGGAAGGAAGUGUUACAAAAACUACUACUGCAAGGUCUUGAUAUCACCAUUUUAGGUAGCAAUGAAUUUUAUUCAUAUCGGAAUCAGAUUAAAGCACGUGAACUCCCUUUGUUGCCUGAAUUAUUGGCUGCUCUUCCUCCUUUUGCAUCAAUUACUUUCACUUCUGGGGAAUCCAGCGGAGAAAAUAGCAUGCCAGAAGUUGCAAAAACUGGAUUGCGUUCAUUUUCUGCUAUGACAUCUUCGGUGGUUGCUGCUUUGCUUCAUUACCUGGGAGUUGUUGAUCUUGCUCACGUGAAGGGCACUGCAGAUCUGGAUGUGGUGCAUAUUAUAGCUCAAACUGCUCAUUGCAUUGCACAGGGGAAAGUUGGCAGUGGAUUUGAUGUUAGCUAUGCAGUUUAUGGUAGCCAUCGUUAUGUCCGUUUUUCACCAGAAGUAAUCUCUUCUGCUCAGGUUGCCAUAAAAGGUGCUCCCCUGGGAGAAGUGGUUAUCGAAAUUUUAAAAGGAAAAUGGGACCAUGAGAGAACAAAGCUGUCCUUGCCACCAUUAAUGAAUCUUUUACUUGGAGAACCAGGAACUGGAGGAUCAUCUACACCAUCAAUGGUAGGUGCUGUUAAAAAAUGGCAGAAGUCUAACCCCGAAAAAUCACAGGAAACAUGGACAAAGUUGUUAGAGGCUAAUUCUGCACUUGAAACACAGUUAAAUACAUUAUGUAAAUUAGCAGAAGAACACUGAGAUGAAUAUAAGAAACUAAUUAACAGCUGCGGCUCACUUAAACCUGAAAAGGUAUGAAUCGAGCUGCUCUUUUUUCUUUUCUUUUCUUGUCUUUUUUUUUUUUGAAACAGAACUGAAAAUAUUGAUAGAAAUCAAUUUUAUAGCUGAAAUUCCCACUGGCUGAAACUUUUCUGGGGAAAUUAUAUUUGAGCAAAAAAAUUUACAUUUUCAUCUUGGUUGGUUCCAUUAACCUGAAAAAAGAAUUAAAAAACAGACAAACUUUGUCUUCAAUGGUAACCAAGUAUAGCUUUUAUGAAAUAUAUAGCGCUUCUUGUUUAUUCACAUUUGGAAACAAAUCUGUCCUGAGAAUGCUUGACGCAAUUUUUGACAAUUUAAAGGUUGUUAAAAAGUAAACAUAUAUGAGUCAGAAUGUUUUAAUUCUGAAGUUCAACACCUUGAGUUUUAAAAAGAAAUAUUGCUGCUGGUACCUCCACCAAUUUUCUUUUGUUUCACUUAUUACAGUUAUUUUCUAACCUAAUGAGAAAUAGUUUAUCUCCACAAUCAUGAUUUUUGGUUUAUAAGGCUCGAAAAGAAAAUUUGUAGAUUUCUUUUUAAUUUUUUGUAUUUUUUUUUCUUUUCAAAUAGAGAUGCUACUUUCAAGUAUCGGUAACCAUAUGUUGUGGUGAAGAGUACUGAAUUCUCAAAUAUUGAUUGGUUUUUGUGGUGGGCGUCACUUAAAAUUUUGCCGUGAAAAUAUAGUAACAUUAACUCUAAUGUAAAUUACAUACAUAAAAGCUCUCUGAUAUAUACAAUUUCAGUGUAUAUACAUAUAUUUUGCAUUUAGGUUUCAUUAAUAAAAUGCAAAUCACGUUUGUGAAGAGAUAAUAUUGUGCCCACCGGGUAUGUUAAAAUGGUCAUCUGAAUGCAACAUUCUCCAUUUGUUUUUUUUUUUAAAAAGAAAAAGAAAAGUAAAUUAACAACAUUAUGAUUUAAGUAGUGUUAUACAGUGCUACAUUUGUAUUUUGCCAGUUCAUUUGGAUGUGUGUUU